AUGGCCCCCAACAGUCGUAGUCCCGAUCCUGUCUCGUACGAAAAUGCCGUUUUCCAGGCAGGUCUGCACUCAGCCAAGCCCCCCUUCAGCUUCCACUACUCGGACUGGGAGGACCAGGCCCAGAGCAUCCUCUCGGCCAACUCCUGGGGCUACAUCCACGGCAACGCAGGCGAGGGAUCAACCUACCGCAAGAACCGCGCCGCCUUCGAGAGGUGGUCCAUCCUGCCGCGGCGCCUGUGCCCCUCGCGCAAGGACGAAAACGGCAACGAGGUCUUUGCCGACACGCACAGCACGGUGCUGGGGUCCACGGCCCAGCUCCCCUUCCCCGUGGCCAUCGCCCCGAUCGGCGUGCAGCGCAUCUUCCACCCAGAAGGCGAGCUGGCCGCUGCCCGGGCCGCUGCUGCGCUGGGUGUGCCGUACACGCUGAGCACGGCGUCGAGCACGAGCAUCGAGGACGUGGCCGAGGCGAUGGACAGCCCGGUGCGGUGGUUCCAGCUGUACUGGCCGUCGCGAGAGCACAACGACAUCACGGCGUCGCUGCUCAGUCGUGCGAAGAAGGCGGGCUACAGUGCGCUGUUUGUGACGCUGGACACGUACGUUCUAGGCUGGCGGCCUGCGGAUAUGAACCAUGGUUACAACCCCUUUAUCCAUGCAGACCGCAUCGGCGUCGAGAUUGGCCUCACAGAUCCGGUGUUUCGGUCGCAUUUCGAGGAGGAGCAUGGGCAUGGCGUCGAAGGAGGGCAUCGCCUCGGCGAGGCGGCGGCGGAGUGGGCCAAGAUUGCCUUUCCAGGCCACUCGCACGCCUGGGAGGAUGUGGCGUUCCUGAAGCAGCACUGGGACGGGCCGAUCGUGCUGAAGGGGAUCCAGACAGUGGAGGAUGCGAAGAGGGCGGUGGAGGUGGGCGUGCAGGGGAUUGUGGUGUCGAACCACGGCGGGAGGCAGCAGGACGGCGGGGUGAGCAGCCUGGGGGUGCUGCCGCGGAUCGUGGACGCUGUGGGGGAUCAGAUCGAAGUGUUCUUUGACAGCGGUGUGCGGUGUGGUGCCGACAUUAUCAAAGCAUAUGCUCUUGGGGCCAAGUGUGUCUUUAUUGGAAGGCCGUAUGCGUAUGGUCUGGCGAUUGGAGGCGAGGAGGGGGUGAAGCAUGUCCUGCGGUCCAUUUGUGGUGACCUGCUGAUGAACAUGCAUCUUGCUGGGCUACGCGGUCUCGACGAGGUUACGAAGGAUAUACUUGUCAAGGAGGACGAGCUGUUCUAA